CUACUGAUUUCGCGUCCAAAAAUAAAGAAAAAGAAACCAAGAAAUCGAAACAGAGAAACAAGAAGAAAGAUGAGAAAGGAAGACACAGUGAAACUAAUAAGCGCAGAGGGCUUUGAGUUUGUAAUUGACAAAGAAGCAGCCAUGGUUUCACAGACAAUCCGCAACAUGCUCACCUCUCCAGGGAGUUUUGCUGAGACACAACAUGGGGAAGUGACAUUUCCGGAGAUAAGCACUACGAUUCUAGAAAAGAUCUGCCAGUAUUUCUAUUGGUCCCUUCAGUAUGCCAAGGGAAAGGAGACUGAAUUCCCAAUUGAACCUGAACUGACCCUGGAGCUGAUGAUGGCUGCUAAUUAUCUCCAUACUUGACCAAAUUAAUAACUGGUUUCUUGGGUGACAAGUCUUAACAUUGGACAAUAAAGACGAUAUUGUUGCCUGAGAAGGCUCAUAGAUCAUAGGUGUAUACUUGUGCCAUGGAUUGGUAUUGAGGGCGGCAUUGCAUGGUGGUUUAUUUGUCAACUUGUAAUGUCAUUGAUUUGACUCUGAACAUUUUUCUGACUUCUUAGCAAAUUGAGCGUCAUUACUGAAUGAUGUAACUUUGCUAUUAUAGACUGAUCAAGUAUCAAUGUUAACAUGAAACAGUUGGUGGUGUUCUGGUCUC